UGCAGUCAACCGCAUUUUUACCCCCAACAACCACAGCACCACCGUAGGGCCCACGUGUCAGUGACAAAGUCACGACCCCCUUGGCAGCAGGAGCAGGAUCUCAUUCCCAUCAGUGCCAUCACCGCAUCCCUCGUCUCCCGUCCUCCCCCUCCCCGCACCCGGCCACCCCUCUCACCGUCCCUGUCACCUGGGCAACGCGGCGGCGCGCACCCGGGGGGACCGGCGGCGGCGCGCACCCGGGGGGACCGGCGGCGGCGGCCUCCGCUCCCAGCUGGGGACCGAGUAGGCCUGCUGCAGAUCCGCAACCACCAGCCGUCCUCGCAGUUCCGGCGACAGAGCUCCGCCCGCCCCUGCUCGGACCGUCCCCGCUUCGGUUCCGGCGCGCCCGCAGCUCGUGCUCCCCGUCGGCUCCCGCGCGCCAGCAGGUCUUCGUCCUCGUCAGUGCCGCGAGGUCUUCCUUCCCCAGCGACGUCAGCUCCCAAGGCCAGAAAGUUACAAAUGAAUCAUGCUGAGGUCUCUGGUUUAUUAUGUGUUGGUAUGAAUGAAACGGAUGGGGGUGAAGAAUCAUAUGGAGCUGAAUAUCCUAAAAUGGAUCAGGAUACUUCCCAUGAAACAGCUAAAUUUGAUGUAGUCAUGGCGACUUCAGCAUUGUAUACUGAUAAUAUCAAUACCAAUGCUUGCUUAGAUGAAUAUCACAUGUCGGGAAUUCAGGCAAUGGAGGAAAUUAGAUUUGGCAGUGCACAACCCUUUGAGAUUCAACCGAAAGGAAUGGUAACCAAUUCUGAGGAAGAAAGCAUGCCAUCUAGUCCUGAGACUUCAUCUACCAGUAAUUAUGAUAUGCCUGGUUACAUGGAGCAAAAUCUGCAGCAUGUCCAUAAUGCCUAUGAUGCGAUGGUUGAAAGAGCAGGACCAGUUGUGCUUAGUCCUGCCUUUAUAAUAUGCGACGAAACUUCGCAUCUUCAGCCUCGUCUCACUUUCUCAUUGGAUGGGGUUAAGAUUGAGUAUUUGAAUUUAGAUUCCUUUGAAGGCGAGAAGAUGAUAGCCUUACAAUGGGAAAUAUCUAAUAUUAUUUCCAUCAGUUGUAAAUGGGCUCAGAGUGUUGGAUAUGCCUUCAUAACACUCCUUGCUGGAUCUGAAGUAGAAUCCGGAAAUGAAGCUCCUGUUAGAGUACAAUUUUGUCUUGAUGAUUCACAAUGGUCACGGAGACAACAGAAGAUCUGGGAACUUCAACCAAGAUAUCAAGAAAUAUGGAAAGACAUCCCAUCAGAUGAUUUUACAUCGGAGAACUGGAGCAUCGAGCCCAAUCUGUUUUUCCCUAGGCAAUACUUUUCAAGCACUGAGGACUUUGAAGAUAUUAUCUAUCCCCAAGGAGAUCCUGAUGCUGUUUCCAUUAGUAAAAGAGAUGCUGAGCUACUGCUUCCUGAAACCUUUGUCAAUGAUACAAUAAUUGACUUUUAUAUCAAAUACUUGAGCACAAGAAUUGAAUCUACCGAGAAGCGCAGGUACCACUUCUUUAAUAGCUUCUUUUUUCGCAAGCUGGCAGAUCUUGACAAAGAUCAGGGGAGAGCUCCAGAAGGUAGAGCAGCCUUCUUGCGUGUUCGCAAAUGGACCCGCAAAAUAAAUGUAUUUGAGAAGGAUUUUCUGUUCAUUCCAGUCAAUUUCAACUUGCAUUGGAGCUUAAUUGUUAUUUGCUAUCCUGGAGAAGUCGCGACAUCUAAAGAUGGUGAUGCAAAGCUCGCAGCUGAACUUCCAUGUAUUUUACACAUGGAUUCACUUAAAGGAAGUCAUACUGGACUCAAGGAUAUCAUUCAAAGUUAUUUAUGGGAAGAGUGGAAGGAAAGGCACCCUGAAUCAGCAUCAGAUAUUUCAGACAAGUUCUUGAACUUGAGAUUUGUCUCCCUUGAGCUCCCCCAGCAGGAUAAUUCAUUUGAUUGUGGGUUGUUCUUGCUCCAUUAUGUGGAACUAUUUUUGAUGGAUGCUCCAAGUAACUUCAACCCACUGAAGAUCGAUGUAUUUUCUGACUUUCUUAGUGGUGAUUGGUUUGCACCAGCUGAAGCUUCUCUCAAGCGUUCGGUUGUUCGAAAGUUAAUCCAUGAGGUGGUGACAGGAUCUUUUCAGAAUCAUCCUAAGCUAGCUUGUGGUAGUGAGCAGCUUGAUGAAAGACAUCAAAGAUGCUCAAACGCUGAGCGGGAACCAGCUGGAGAGUUUCUUGCUCAGAGGCGCUCUGAUGUUGAACCUGAAACAGUUUGCAAAGUUCGUGAUGGCACUCAUGAACUACAACCAUCUGAGUCCAUCUGUUUAAAUGAUUCUGAAGAAAAGAGGGUACCUGCUUCUGGGUGCAUGUUGGACACUGGAAGGGUUUCAAUUGUUGAUGUACAGAAUAGACAAGAGUCUGAGGUGUGUGCAGCAGAUGAGGAUACCAUUGUUUGCAUGUCAAACCAGGAUGAGAAAAAUGAGCUACUUAUCGCAGAAUCUAACAAUCAACUUAAUAUGAGAUCAUGUGCCCCAAAAGAAGAUGAAGUGCUCAAGGGAUCAAAUUGUGUGGUAACAGAUAAGGAACAUGGGGAAUCUUUGUUUCUUUCUUUGGACAAUAACCAAAAAAUUCCUAGUCAAGCAGAGGUAGAGGUUCAGGAUAUUAUGGUUUCCACGAGCUGUGCAGACAAUGAAAUUGCUGCUCAGGUAAUUGCCUGUCAAGAACAUUCUUUUCAAAGAAGUGCAGAAGUUGGGGAUGGGUGCUUUAGACCUUCUCAGGACAUGGAUUCUGUCAUGAUGCUUGGCUCCAGCAAAGACGACGAUGGACUAAAUCCAGAAAGAAUGACAGCUGAAGGUGAUUGUGGUGGCCCUCAUGAAGAUAUGGAUUCAGUCACGCUCCACAAAGAUGCUGUUGAUACGAAGUGUGAAGAUAGUCUUUUGGAUCCUAUAGCAGAAAAUGCCAUCAUCGAGAAUGUGAACGAAAUCAGCACAGCUGAUUCUGUAACAGUAGAAACUGCCAUAAUUGAAAAUGUGAAGGAUGUUAGCACAACUGCAGACAAUGUUAAUCAUGGUGAGCUGUAUGUUUCAUCUCAGUUGGCAGAGGGAAACACUGACAAUGGUAUGACUGGUGCAGGAAACACUGACAAUGGUACGACUGGUGUUAGCACAGCUUCCCCUGGCUUAAAAGAGGAAAAUAUUGACAAAGUAGUGGCAGAUGACUGUACACAUGAAAGUGAUAUAAAUGCCAAGUAUAGCUCUGAGUUGAAAGUGGGAAAUACUGACAUUGGUGGUAUUACAGUUUCCUCUGAUGUGAAUGAGGGAAACACUGACCAAAUAAUAGCAGGUGAUUGUGCAAAUGAAACCGAUGUAAAUGCUGAUGGUGAGGGUGCUGACAAUUGCAAACACUUCGCAAUGGAUGGUGCAGCACCUUGUGCAGAUGCCGCAACCUGCACUGAUGGCGUGGUUCUAUCCAUAGAUGUACCCUGCAGCACGAUCAAUGAAACAGUUUCGGAGAACAUAUCUUCUGAUGCUCAAAGUCCUCUGCCUGAUGGCACCAGCAAACUUGUAGAUAGACCUUGCAGCCCAAAGAACGAAACGUCUGAGAUCACGUCUCUUGAUGGCAAACGACCUGCGCCUGAUGGCACCAGUGAAGAGAAUGAUAUAGUUAUCCCCGGUGACAAGUGCACCCAGAAGGAUGGUGGUCAGGGUACUGAUGCAAAAAUAGAGCGGCAUUACAAGCGACGGAAGGUUUUGGCCUUGGAGAAACAACGGAGCUUCUCGGGUGCCACAUCUUUAGAUAAGGUUUUGGCCUUGGAGAAACAACGGAGCUUCUCGGGUGCCACAUCUUUAGAUUAGAUUUGGCCGGCGUGGGGCAUAGUUUUAGCUUGUGCUAUAUAUAAUAUAUAACCCGUCUCGACCUUAGGCAACAUGCUGCUAUAUUUAUGAUAAUAUAGGGGACUUCCACUGAUGACUGUAGAAAUGGCAAAACCCCAUGUGGAAUCCUGAGCUCCUGAUGUCUGCUUGACAGUCAUUUUAUAUAUGGUACUGAGAGAGCAUCAGAAGAUGGGAAUGAGGAAUAUUUUGUGCAUCUGUACAAGCAAA